AUGUCUGGACGUGGUAAAGGUAGAGCUAAGGGAGUAAAAUCAAAAUCCCGAUCUUCAAAAGCAGGACUGCAAUUUCCAGUCGGAAGAGUCCAUAGAUUACUACGAAAGGGAAACUACGCUGAACGAGUCGGUUCUGGCGCGCCAGUCUACCUCGCUGCAGUCUUGGAGUACCUGUCCGCUGAAAUUCUUGAGUUGGCUGGAAAUGCAGCUCGUGAUAACAAGAAAAGUCGUAUAAUCCCAAGACAUUUACAGUUGGCAAUAAGAAAUGACGAAGAACUGAAUAAACUUCUCUCAGGCGUGACCAUUGCGCAGGGUGGCGUGCUACCGAACAUCCAGUCAGUGUUGUUGCCGAAGAAAACUGAGCACAAAGGCAAAGCAAGCCAGAGCCAAAGCCAGGAAUUUUAA